AAUGAGUUUGUUUGUUUUGGUAAAAACAGUCACGAGUUUACACAACAAACCCUCACCUGAACCUCCACACUCACCUGCAGAGCCAGCAGGUAGAAGUCCGGCUGAACCGGGUCGGACCCAGUCGCUGUGCCACCUGAUCAGGUGAGGUUCUGGUUCUGACCCGCCUCCUCCCCCCUGCCCCCUCCUCCCUGUGCAGCUCGCGGGUCUCACCUGUUCUCACUUCUACCUGCGCCGCCGUCCGAACCAGCCGCUUCUUUCUUCUUCAUCUCUCUUCGGUUCGGUUCUGAGAGGCUUAUCUUAGAGCCGGGACCAGAACCAGAACCGGGACCAGGAGGAGGACUUAACCCAGAGGCAGCAGCAGAGCCGGUACCGGUACCGGCAGCAUGUCCCGGGGGGAGCAGCGCGACGAGGCGGACUGCGUGUGUUCGGUCGGGAUGAAGCUGACCUGGGACAUCAACGACCCCAAACUACCGCAGGACCUGAAGCAGUUGGACCCAUUCCAGGAGUGGACAGACGGCUAUGUCCGCUACAUCUACAGCGGCGACGAUAAGAACGCCCAGAGACACCUGUCGGGCUGGGCCAUGAGGAACACCAACAACCACAACUGCCAGAUCCUGAAGAAGUCGUGCCUGGGGGUGGUGGUGUGUUCCCGGGGCUGCGCCCUGCCAGACGGCGCCCGCCUACAGCUGCGCCCCGCCAUCUGCGACAAGGCCAGGCAGAAACAGCAGAAGAAGAUGUGUCCAAACUGCAGCGCUGCUCUGGAGCUGCUGCCCUGCCGCGGCCACAGCGGAUACCCGGUCACCAACUUCUGGAGAGUCGACGGCAAGGCCAUCUUCUUCCAGGCUAAAGGUGUCCAUGACCAUCCCAGACCAGAGUCCAAGUCUGAGACCGAAGCCAGAAGGAGUUCAGUGAAGAGACGAGUCAAUUCCCCUCCGUUUACCCCGAAGAGACGCCUGAUGGAGAGCCAGGCUUUAGGCCCCGCCCUCCUCUGUGUGGAACCAGCAGAAAGGAUUUCCUUCAUUGAGCCGAACUUUCCGCAGCAUUACCCACAAUUCCAGAGCAGUGAGCCUUACUACAACCCCCACAAUGCACUGGGAGAGGCCCCGCCCGCCCUCCAGAAACCAGCCAACCCAAGACUGUACAUGGGCCGACCCGGCUACGACUUCCAGGGAUACCUGGCCUCACCUUCGUAUCCUGUGACCUCUGACCUCUGCGACCCCAGGGUAACGCCCGUCCUGGGCUCCUCUUCAGCGCCUCCAUCUUCCUCGGCUCCGCUCUCAUCCUCCUCAUCCUCCUUCGACCCGCAGACGAAGGCGCCGCCGGCCUGGAAGGAUCUCCUGAAGAGCUCUGCCCCCUACGCUGAUAACCACCACUACUACAGCGCAGAGUACCCCUGCCGUUACUCUAGCAACGCCCCAGGGUCACCCGCUGGUCUGCAGACCAUUAUCACCACGACAACCAAGGUGUCCUACCAGCCCUGUCCCAAGCCUCCGGGGGCGCUGCCUCCCUACCAGUCCUGUCCCAAACCGUCGGUCGGCCUGCCGUCCUACCAGCCUGCCAAAGCCGCCGGUCUGCCCGGCUGCUCGUCCCUGCUGGAAGACGCGUCUCCGUCUUCGUACUCUACUGAGGUCAAGGUGACCGAGGAGUCCGGCGGAGUCAUCAAGUCUCUGUCGUUUCCUCCAGAACCUCUGCAGACCAAGACGGAGCGGCUGGACCCCUACGACUACCACUACGCCUACCCCAACGCCUAUCGCUAUGACGACUACUGACUCAGCAACGACUCUGCCGCCAUGGCAACUGAAACUGAUGAACCAGACUUCCAGACGGAGGAAGGGUUCAGGUUCUGACCCGAAUCACCAAACCUUCAGAGGACGAAUCAGAGCCAUCAGAUGAAUCUUGUUCUGGAGGUUCUGUCCAGACCGGCCCAAUCCGUCCACAGGACCUCUAGAUGGUUCUGUAGUUCUGCUCGGGUCGGUUCUGAAGGUGUCAGAUCUUAUUAAAUGUGCAGUAACUGUUGUUUUUUAUGAAUGAUCUGCUUACCGUCCUGAUUCUGUCACCGAUCCAAACAAGAUGUCUAACACGGACCUGAACCGGGUUCUGACCUGGUCCUGACCAGAUUCUGACCGGACCCCGACUGAAUUCUGACCCCUUGGUCUGAGGCAGCUCCACCCAUCAGCUGCUGUCCUCUGGGUGGCGCUGCUACGCCUGCGGGGUUCCUGAACAAUGACAGAGAACGUUUUGUUGUUCUGGAAGAACCCGGAAGGUUCUGGUUCCGCCUGCGUGUUGCAGCCAUUACCCAGUCAGAUGUCUGAACCGGUUUUAUUCAGCCAACCGGAUCGUCAUCAUCCAGUCACAUUUUCACCCUGUCAUCCAUUUAUAAAGAUUGAAGCUAAAUGUUUAGUUUUGGACAACUGAACUUUUAUCUCCAAGCUAAACAUAAAUCUAAUAUUCAGCUAAAUUUGCAUCUUAGCUAAACAAACAUUAAGCUAAACUGCAUAUAUUUAGCCUCACAGCAAAUAGGUAACUUGUAAAAUCAAUAUUUAGCUCCAGGCUAAAUGUGUAGUUUGGAGUUAGACAUGCUAGCUAAAUAGUUAGCCUCAAGCUAAAUAGUUAGCCUCAAGCUAAAUAGUUAGCCUCAAGCUACAAGUUUGCAACUAAACAUUUAGUUUUUAGCUAAACUCCAAACUAUUAAUAAGUUUUAACUCUAAAUAUUUAGUCUGCUAACAGAUUUUUAGCUUCAAAUUGUGUGAUGUGAAACUGUGGAAAUGUUCUGGUCGGGCUGCCGGUCCACAGAACCAGCAGGGAACCAUCUGUUGGCCUGCCUGGUUCUGGCCAGGUUCUGGUUUGGUUCUGGUUGGUGAAAUUGGACUCAGAGUUCUACAGAUCCAGAAGUUUUGUUCUGCUGAGCAUAAAACCAACCCAGAACCAGGUGACCCAGUUGAAUUUAUGAGGACUGGUUUUGGUUCUGAUGGUCUGUCCCACAUUUCAGCUGAUGAAGAAUAAAAAGGUUCUGACAUUU